AUGGCGGCUCUUCGAGAGCAGCAACAACAGCAGGAUGCUUCGGCCAGUGUCAGAGCCCACUUCUACAGCUCGUCCGGUGCCAAUGCCGGAUUAGCCUGCAUUUAUGCCGCAAACAUGUUUGGCUGCCCAACGACCAUUGUGACGCCGCUGUCGACGUCGGCUUUUCUGGUGGCAAAGCUCAAGCAGGCGGGGGCCGUCCAGGUCAUCCAGUACGGAAAUACAUGGCAGGAAGCUGAAAACUACUUGCGAGACACCGUCAUGACAACGGCUGCUGUGACGACGAAUGAAUCGCCGAUAUAUGUCCCGCCGUUCGAUGCACCGGAGAUUUGGGAGGGCAAUGCCGGGAUCAUGCACGAAACGGUCACGCAGCUACGCAAAGCGACGCGCCAUUAUCGCAUGACCGCUGCAGCAGUGGCAGCCUCACCAACAUGCAACGGCCAAAAUUUACCAAUUGAACAGAUGCCAGCCGUUGAUGCUGUUGUAUGCAGUGUGGGAGGAGGAGGUCUGUUUUGUGGCUUGAUGCAGGCGGUCGAGGAGCUGCAGCUCAAGGACCGCACGCAGGUGAUUGCCGUGGAGGCCGAGGGAGUCGACUCGCUGGCACAGUCUGUGGCGAAGCGGGAGCGCAUCACCCUGUCUAGUAUCAGCAGCUUGGCUACCAGCCUAGGCGCCAGGCGAGUCGCGCAGCGAGCAUUCGAGUAUGGCCUGGAGAAGCACGCCAAGACAGUUGUCAUCUCCGACGCCGACGCUAUACGCGCGUGCCGUCGAUUUGCCGACGAGGAACACUAUCUGGUAGAACUAGCGUGUGCCGUCUGUCCUGCUCUGUGCUACACUGGGAAGCUACCCGAGUUGAUUCCAGGGUUUAAUGAGAAUACAGUGCUGGUGAUUGUCGUGUGUGGGGGAAGCAACACAUCAUUUGAAAUGAUGGAAAAGUUUUGGGCCACCCUAGACAAUUAA